CUCCGACGAAGAUUUGGUCCGCAAUCCAUUGUCUGUAAUCGUAUCAAACAAUAAUGGGGUUGUUGACCAUUUUGAAGAAGGCAAGUUCACUCGAGUGUGGAAUGGUGUGGUGCCCCGCAUAUCACAGCACUCUCUCCCAACCCUGGAUUUUACACAAAAAGAGAACCUCGUCGAAAUUUCCUAUUCAUCCUACGAUUAAAUGAAAGUUGAGCCUGUGCACUCACUUCAUUAUUGAAUUUGCUUGUAUUCGGUGAUGCUGGCAUUUGCAACUAUUAUCCCCCCAAUAAUACCACAGGUCAAGGAAGAAGAACGCGAGAUCCGAAUUCUCGUUUUGGGACUGGACAAUGCCGGCAAGACAACAAUUGUCAGGCGAUUGUGCGAUCGUCCUAUAGACGAGAUCGAGCCCACCCUGGGAUUUAGUAUCCAAACGCUAGACUACGAUCUCGCUGACCAAAUUUACGACGACGAAAACGAAUACUGUAGCAAUAAUUGCAAAGUGGACGACGACGGCAGCAGCUCCUAUAAAUUGCACCUGUGGGACAUUGGAGGCCAGUCGACCAUCCGGGCCUACUGGAGGAACUAUUUCGAAAAGACCGACGGGAUCGUUUGGGUUGUGGACAGCGGCGACCGCUUGCGACUGAAUCUGGUGCGGGAGGAGCUCGCUAAAGUCCUCMAGCAGGAGCGUUUGGYAGGUGCUUCCCUUCUCAUAUUGGCAAACAAGUCAGACCUGGAAGGUGCUCUAACAAAAGAAAAAAUCGCCGAGGGCCUUCGUCUGGAAGACGAUCUAAUGAAGGGCCAGACCCAUACACGCCACUGGACCAUUCGRGGAUGCUCGGCCGUAACAGCAGAAGGUCUGUCUGACUCUAUGGAAUGGCUGGUGCGGGAUAUUACCGACCGUAUAUAUUUUGCAGCGUGAUAUCGAGCAAUAUUGAAUAACAACGACUGCCAUCAAAGGGGAAUACUAUUCAAAACGAAGAUUGGCGUCACAAAUAAGGCRAACGAUUUAGG